CAAUUGCCCUUCUCCUCCUCACAGGCUGCAGAACACCCAUGUCUGUCCCCAGCACAGCCCAGGAGAUGAAGAGCCUGAGAAAGGAAAUGGCUAUGGCGGAGCCGGUGACCUUCGAGGAGGUGGCUGUGUAUUUCUCUGAGGAGGAAUGGGCCCUGCUGGACCCGGGUCAGAGGGCCCUCUACUGGGAUGUGACACAAGAGAAUUAUGAGGCUGUGAACUGGCUGGUGGAUGUGUUCGUGGGUGACACUGUGCAGCAGAGCGCUCACCUCCCCCAGGGAAUCAGCUGGGCCAUUCCUGAUGCCGGGAGAUGCACUUUUACUGCAGCAGGGAAUGGGACACUCAAUGAGAACAACGAGGAGACUCUUCAACAGGAAGGAUUGCAGCAAGUGGCUCCACGUGGGAUGUUAUUGGAAAGAUACAAAGGGCAUGUUUUCCAGAGUCCUAAGCAGAGAGAGAACUGUGGGAGUCAGCAUAGCACAGAAAGGCAACAGGGAUACCAUCCAGAGAAAAAACAGGGUAAAUCCAAUCACAGGAGAAGAAGGGUGAAAGGAAACACAGAAACCAUUCAACAGAAUAUCUCCUAUCAACAAACACCCUACACUUACAGUGACUGGGGAACGCUAAUUGAACCUCAAAGAACUUACACGGGAGAGAAACUUUUCAACUGCUCUGACUGUGGGAAAUGCUUCAGUCAAAGCUCAGACCUAAUUAAACAUCAUAAAAUCCACAAAAGACAGCGAUCCUUUAGCUGCUCUGACUGUGGGAAAAACUUCAGUAGGCGUUCAAGUCUUAUUUGUCAUAAGAGAAUCCACACAGGGGAGAAACCCUUCAGCUGCUCAGACUGUGGGAAAAAAUUCAUUCAGAAGUCAGACCUUGUUAGACAUCAUAGAAUCCACACAAGAGAGAAACCCUUUUUCUGUUCUGACUGUGGGAGAAGCUUCAGUAAGAGGUCAGACCUUGUUAGACAUAGCAGAAUCCACACAGGAGAGAAACCCUUCAGCUGCUCUGUUUGUGGGAAAAACUUCAGUAGGCGCUCAAGUCUUUUUAUUCAUGAGAGAUCUCACACAGGAGCAAAGCCCUUCAACUGCUGUGACUGUGGGAAAAGCUUUAGUAGGAGCACAGACCUGAUUAAACAUAGCAGAAUCCAUACAGGGGAGAAACCUUUUUACUGCUCUGACUGCGGGAAAAGCUUCAGUAGGAGCUCACAUCUUAUUAUUCAUGAGAGAAGCCAUACAGGAGAGAAACCCUUCAGCUGCUCUGACUGUGGGAAAAGCUUCAGUGAGCACUCAAGUCUCAUUAGGCAUAAGAGAAUCCAUAUAAAAGAAAAACCUUUCAGUUGCUCUGACUGUGGGAAAGGCUUCAGUGACUGUUCAGAACUUUUUAGACAUAGGAAAAUCCACACUGGGGAGAAACCCUUCAGCUGCUCUGACUGUGGGAAAAGCUUCAGUACGAGCUCACUCCUUGUUGGACAUGGGAGAAUUCACACAGGAGAAAAACCUUUUUACUGCUCUGACUGUGGGAAAAGCUUCAAUAGGCGCUCACAUCUUAUUAAUCAUGAGAGAAUCCAUACAGGAGAGAAACCUUUCAGCUGCUCUGACUGUGGGAAAAGCUUCAGUACGAGCUCACUCCUUGUUGGACAUGGGAGAAUUCACACAGGAGAAAAACCUUUUUACUGCUCUGACUGUGGGAAGAGCUUCAGUAGGAGCUCAAAUCUUGUUACACAUAGGAGAAUCCACACAAGGGAGAAACCCUUUGAUUGCUCUGACUGGGAAAAGCUUGAGUCAGGGCUCAAGUCUUAACAAUCAUCAUACAAUCCAAAAAGAGAAACAUAGAAUUAUGAAAUCCAAUCAUAGAACACUAGAACUGGAAGGCACUUCAAGAAAUCACCAAGUCCAGUCCCCUGCCCUCACGGCAGGUCCAAGCACCAUCUACCAUCCCUGAUAGAUGCCUAUCUAAUUUGCUCUUUGAUGUCCCCAAUGAUAGAGAUUCCACAGACUUCCUAGGCAAUUUAUUUCAGUGUUUAACUACCCUUACAGGAAGAUUUUUCCCAAUAUCCAACCUACAUCUCCCAUGGUGCAGUUUAAACCUAGUGCUGCUUCUACUAUCAUGAGAGGUCAAGGGGAAAAUAUUUCCCCCUCCUCCUUGUAACACCCCUUUAGAUACUUGGAAACUGCUAUCAUGUCCCCUCUUGGUGUUCUCUUUUCCAAACUAAACAAGCC